GUAGUUGUGCACUAAGGUAGUAAGGUAAUGGAUGACCGUGCUGAGUGUGUUGGUCGUGGCUCACGCCUUGCUCGAUAAGAGAGAUGAGCGCAGGAUCAUAGAUAUUGCGCCUCCGCAUCCUAAGGCUCGCUCGAGUUUCGACGGUGUCAGGGUAUUAACAACCAUUUGUGGGCCGACCUUUUGAUUGCGGGCGUUCUUCUUGCUUCCGAAGGCAUGCCGAGAGUUGGCCCUUGAGUCCGGUCGCGCACCAGACAUGGGCCGUAAUCCAUGGACUGCUGUACAACGGCAUACCCGGUCGAAACCACCAUUCGUCUGUUGAUACACUACGCUAGAAUAGACGCAGUCUCAACUGAGGCGCGCAUCAAGCUGGAGAGGCCAACUUGGCGGUCUUCUGUUAUUCUUGUUGCUGAGGCCAAGAACCUCAAUCGAGACAUAUCACCGCGUCUAGCGUCUGCUCAUUACUGUCUGAGGUGUGUUUCCUGGCUCUAUUCAUCUUCGCUCGUCGACUGGAGACAGCACGACCUGGAAACUCGACGGCAUGACCUGGAAAUUGGAAAUGUUACACCGCCAGCUCGCGCGACCACUAGCAGUAGAUUUGCCGCAUCAACCUACUAGUGUGUGUGAGUGCGUGUGUUUUUUUUUCUUGUCUCUGCGCGCGCAACUACCACACAGCACUAGACAACUACUAGGUAGACUUGCGCUCAUUCUUUUUUCUGCCUCUCACAUCCGCGGCACAGGCUGGCUGGAGACUGGCGGUAUGCAAAAUAUCUCAGCGCCAACAGCCGGUAUACCGCCUCGGGAAUGUUCUCGUUCGCAGUGGUCACUGUUCAGCCACAGAUCCCCAGUGAGACAAUUGUAUGAGACACGGCCAGUCCACCAGCCCUUUGGGUUGACCACGUGCGUGCUUUUCUGCCUGCG